AUGCACUUUCUUGAUGCUACCCAUCAAAGAGAGGCAACUGGUUCAGUGAAGUUUGUAUUUUCUUGUGGUGAAACAGAGCAGCAUCGCAAGGAAUUGAGUGCCAAAGUGACUGUUACCGGCCAGCGAAUUACACGUGUCGGCUAUUCAUUUGAUGCAACGGUAAUACACGUCAACUCAGAUUCAGUCAAUUCCCCACCCUCUCUCCUGCUACCGGGUCUCUUCUCAUGCAAUCGAGAUUGGAUGAUGAUUGAUGAAGAUGAGAGGCUGAAGUCGAAGGAGGAAGAGAUGGAGAAGACGGGCAAACGUCUCUGGAAGAUGACGAUGACACCGACGCAACAGUCUCCCCUGCAGGUCGGCAGCCUCUAUCGACGCAAACGACGUGAUCGAGUUAUCGAGAUUAUGACGACAACCACCGUACACGGCAGCCUCUCUACUUCACAUCGGCGGCCAAUCGAACAAGGAGGAAAAUGCAGGUCCCACACAAGCUUCUUCAUCAAACGAAAAUGCCAGAAAAUGCAGAUCCCACACGCGCUUCACCAUCCGGCGAACGAAGUGAAGAACGCAGAAUCUGAGAACACCUCACUUGCUUCCUCCGGAUUUCAAGAAUUUCGUGAAGGAGCAGAUAUUGCUUAUGAAUCUCACAUUGGUCGGAUUCCCUGUUCUGGAAAUUCAAACACUAAGAAGAAGACAAAGAAGCAGAAGAAGAAGAUGGAGGUGCAGGAGAACAUGGUUGAUCCGAUAAAAGCAGCCACAGAUGAUGAAACAUGGGAUUUGAUAGCAGCAGUGGUCGAAUUUCACAGUCAGGGAGUGAAGAGGCUGCAGAAGACGGAGGAGGAGGAGCAAGAGAACGGAAAGCUCGUGUGUCAAAUGAAUAGCACACACGUGUAAUUCGCCGGUCAAGCAAAUAUUUGACAAACAACAGAUUGUCUAAAUUAACAUUAUGGUAGGACAAUACUUCUCUGUUUUUUAAAAUUUGAAAUAAUUUUAUUUAAAAAAAAUUAGAAUACUAGAUAGCUUGUUAAAAAUUUUUAGGAUAUUUUUUCCUUUAGUCCUAUUUCCUUUUGUGGAUAAAAUUAUAGAUGAAUUAGA